CGAUGUUCAGAAAUGAAAAAUUAUCUACCAUUAACCUGUUAACUAGCUAUAAUAAGUCUAGUGAGACCUAGCUCGGGAGCUAAGGAUGCUACUGCUAAGGUGCUAACUGUUUAUUGCUUUACUGCUAUGACCGUUACAGUAUGGCUAAACCAUGACAAAAACACAAACAACAACAAAAUCUUCUGAAUAUUGUGAGCCAGCUGAGGUUGAGGAGACGCUGAAGAGAAUCCAGAGUCAGAAAGGAGUGCAAGGCAUCAUCAUCGUCAACGCUGAGGGCAUUCCUAUUAAAACCACUAUGGAUAACUCAAGUACAGUGCAGUAUGCAGGGCUCAUCCACCAGCUGGUGAUGAAAGCACGGAGUACAGUGAGGGACCUUGAUCCACAGAAUGACCUCACUUUCCUCAGGAUUCGAUCCAAGAAGAAUGAGAUUAUGAUUGCUCCAGAUAAGGACUAUUUCCUGAUAGUCAUUCAGAACCCCACGGAGUGAAAGUUAUUUUCUGUAUAGCUUUUUAUUUAAACUUUUUUUUUUCUGCAGAAAAAUGAAUUUUAUGUAGUAGUUCCAAGUGUACAGCCAAAUCCCUACAGUCCACACUAAUAGGCAAUAUGGUCUCUGUUAAACAUUAACAUGUAAAGUGUAUGAUGUUCUCUUAUUCAUUAUCAUUCCAGUAUUUUUUUUUCUUUCAUAAAUUGUUUAAUCCACUUAAUUUAUUGUUCAUUUAUUUGCUCUUCAUGCCAAUGCUCAAACAGUUUCUCACCAUAAAGAUAAAAGAGGAGCUAAAUGUAUAUGGUUUCGUUGUCUGUCAUAACAAUAAAACCACUGUGUAUAAACCAGUGUUAAGCUGAA